GCUGUACUUUCAUUUCAACGUGAAGGGCUCGACUCUCAAAGCAGCAGUGGAAGCGAGGACCAUUGCAGAUGGAGCGAGCAAGGGAUGGUUUGCUAUAGGCUUCUCCAAGACUGGCAAGAUGGCGGGCUCCGAUGUAGUUCUGGGAAAUUACGUUCCGUCCACCAAUAAGAAGCUGCCCGUGGGCUCCAAGCCGGGAAUUGGCGGUCCACAACCAAGGCCCAUUGCUUACUUAAGUGCGACCGGUACUAAGACUGACAACGGCACCAAGAGUGGUGGGACUGGGAAGAAGGGCAGCGAGGCUGGAAUCGGGAGUACGAACAGCACGAAAGGUGGUAACAGUGGUAACAGUAGCAACCCUGGCAGCGGUAACGUGGGCAAGGGCGGCAAGCACAAGGGCGCGUUGGUGGGAGCAUUCAACAUGCAGAGCCUCACCAUGGGAACGUACGCAAUGGCAGACAACUUUAGGAUCGCGAACGCCUCCGUUACAGCCACGAAGAGAGGCACCGUUGUAAG